UUAGAAAAUGUGCCAUAUAUAAGAUGUCUUUCAAUAAGGACUCUGGUUAUUAAAUGGGAUCAUCAAAAACAUGAAGACCACGAUAGCUUUUGUGGUCCUAUGCGGGAUAUUGGGCUCUAGACAUUUUGUUUCAGGACAAAGUUUUGCAGCUGCCUCAGCUGCGUCUAGUGGAGCUUCAUCUGGCAACGCAGCAUCCAGCAGCGUAUUUCAAAAUAGUGACAGUUUAUGGAAUAACGGAGGUGUACCGUUUAAUGGUGGAGUUGGAGGUCAGAGCAGCUACGGUGCUAAUCCUUGGAGUAGCGCUGUAAACAGCGGUGCAGGCUACCAGGGAUAUGGUGGUGAUUUCGGUGGCAGCAAUGUUGCUGCAUUGACUGGUGGAAAUGGGGGUAGUUUCAGUAACGUUAAUAGUGGUAGCAGCUUUGGUGGGUUCAAUAAUGGUGGAUUUGGAGGUGGCAAUACAGGUGGUUUCAGAGGCAACAGUGCUGGUAGUAGCGCCGGUGGUUUUAAUGAUCUACGUGGCUAUGCAAGUGGCAAUAGUGGUGGUUUCCAAUACAGUAAUGCUGGUAGUUUUGGUGGUUUCAAUAAUGGUGGUGGUUUUGGAGGUGGCAAUAGCGGUAGUAAUGGUGGUGCUUACAGUAAUGCUAAUAGCGGUCCCUACGGUCUUGGCAAUAGUGCUUCCAAUAAUGGUUUCGCUUCGGCAAGCGCCAAUACUUUUGCUGCACCAGCACCAGCAUCAGAUAAUUCAUUUUCCUAUGAUUUUUCGGGAGGGAAUCCAGGUACAUUCGAAUAUGUUGAAGUAGACAUGAUCUAUGAAUAUGACGACGAUGAUGUUUCUGCAAGUGCCAGUGCAGGUGGUGCUAGACCAGUGUUUGGUCCAGGUGGUGGCCGAGGUGGUGGAACUGGUGGGAAUGGUGGCAGCCGUGGUGGUGCUUCAAGUGUUGGAACAAGAACUGGUUCAGGUGGAGGCAGAGGAAGAGCAACUGGAACAGGCGUAGGUUCAGAUGGAGGUGCAGGAGCAAGCGCAGGUGCAGCUUCAGGUUCAGGCGGAGGAGGAGGAGGAAGUGCAGGAGCAAGCGCUGGCGCAGCUUCAGGUUCAGGCGGAGGAGGUGGAGGAAGUGCAGGAGCAAGCGCAAGCGCAGCUUCAGGUUCAGGCGGCGGCGGAGGAGGAAGUGCAGGAUCAGACUUUGGGAGAGGUGGUGGAGGUUCUGGAACGGGAACAGGACAAAGUUCAACUGGAGGUGGGAGAGGAGGUUCUGGAGGAGGCAUAGUGGCAGGAACUGGCCAAGGUGACAAUCCAAAUGGACCUCCUAGAAGUACACGAUGGAAUUGGAGAAGCCGUCUAGGAAGGGGCAACGGUGGAGGGCAAGGAGCUGGUGCAGGUGCAGGUGCCGAUUCAGGCGCUGGGAGAAGUGGAGGUGCAGGUUCAGGUGCUGGUGCAGGUGCAGGCACCGACUCAGGCGCAGGAUCAGGUGCUGGGGCAGGUGCAGGAGCUGGUUCAGAUUCAGGUGCAGGAUCAGGUGCUGGUGCAGGUGCAGGAGCUGGUUCAGAUUCAGGUGCCGGAUCAGGCGCAGGAGCUGGAUCAGGUGCUGGUGCAGGCACCGACUCAGGCGCAGGAUCAGGUGCUGGUGCAGAUGCAGAAGCUGGUUCAGAUUCAGAUGCCGGCUCAGACGCAGGAGCUGGAUCAGAUGCGGAUGCUGGUGCAGGAGCAGGAGCAGGAGCUAGUUCAGAUACCGAUGCCGGCUCAGGUGCAGGAGAUGAUUCCGGUACCAGUGGAGGUGAAAAACCAGGCGCAGGUGCAGGAGCUGAUCGUGGUGGCAAGAAAGAUAAAUUGCCAAGUCUUGAAACUCUGAUAGGAAAAGCUCCUAAAGUAAAUAAAAAGGCUAAAGAUGAAGGAACCGGAAAAGAUGCCGGUCAAGGCGGAAAGCCAAUUGGAGGAGCAGAUGGAGGUGGGAAAUCAGACGCAGGUGCAGAAGCCGGUCAAAGUGGCAAGAAAAGUAGACCAACAAGUCCAGGACUUUGGAGAUGGAGAAUCCCUAAAAGAAAUAAUCGAAGAGGUCAAGGUGGAAAUUUAGGUGGUUUCAACUUCGGAGGCUUAGGAGGCGGCAAAGAUGGUGGACAGCGGAUCCCAAGAGGCCGUGUAGGACAACCUAACGGUGGUGGACAAGGAGCUGGUGGAGGUGCCGAUCAAGGAGGGGAUUCUGAUGGAGACGGAGGUGGUGACCAAACUGGUGGAACGUGGAGGUUUAGAGGCCGUCCAAGUGGUGCAGGACCAGGAGCAGAUGGAAGUGAUGAUCAAGGAGACGACAGAGCCAGAAUACGAUGGCUCCUUAAACAUCGUCCAGGAAGACAAGGAACUGGUGGAGAUGGGGAUUCUGAUGGAGACGGAAGCUCAGGAGGAGGAGGGGAUGGAGACGGAGGAAACAGCGGAGGCGAUGAUUCAGGUUCUGAUGGAGGAGGUAAUUUUUUAACAGCAUUCAACAAGCGUGCUCGUCGGCCGAUACCUAGAGGCUCUCCAGGUGGAACACAAGGUGGUGGUCAAGGUGGGGAUUCUGGUGGAGAUCUAAACCCAGGUGGAGGAGGAGGAGAUGGGAAUGGAGGAAACGGCGGAGGCGAUGACUCAGGUUCUGAUGGAGAUGGUGAAGGAGACGACAGAGCCAGAUUACUAUGGCUCCUUAAACAUCGUCUAGGAAGACCCAACCGCGGAGGACAAGGAGCUGGUGGAGAUGGGGAUUCUGAUGGAGACGGAAGCUCAGGAGGAGGAGGGGAUGGAGACGGAGGAAACAGCGGAGGCGAUGAUUCAGGUUCUGAUGGAGGAGGUAAUUUUUUAACAGCAUUCAACAAGCGUGCUCGUCGGCCGAUACCUAGAGGCUCUCCAGGUGGAGGACAAGGUGGUGGUCAAGGCUGGGAUUCUGGUGGAGAUCUAAACCCAGGUGGAGGAGGAGGAGAUGGGAAUGGAGGAAACGGCGGAGGCGAUGACUCAGGUUCUGAUGGAGAUGGUGGAGGAGACGACAGAGCCAGAUUACUAUGGCUCCUUAAACAUCUUCUAGGAAGACCCAACCGCGGAGGACAAGGAGCUGGUGGAGAUGGGGAUUCUGAUGGAGACGGAAGCUCAGGAGGAGGAGGGGAUGGAGACGGAGGAAACAGCGGAGGCGGUGAUUCAGGUUCUGAUGGAGGACCUGCUCCAGAUGACAACAACAGUGGUGGUCCACGAAUGCGCAGAUUACGUCCAAGAAUAUUUAACGGCGAAUUGCUAGGUGGUGGAGGAGGUGAUGGUCAAGAUGGAGACGGAAGCUCAGGAGGAGGAGGUGAUGGAAAUGGAGGAAACGACGGGGGCGAUGACUCAGGUUCUGAUGGAGGAGACGACAGAGCCAGAUUACGAUGGCUCCUUAAACAUCGUCAAGGAAGACCCAACAACGGAGAACAAGGAACUAGUGAUGAUUGGGAUUAUGAUGAAGAUGGAAGCUCAGGAGGAGGAGGGGAUGGAGACGGAGGAAACAGCGGGAUCGAUGACUCAGGUUCUGAUGGAGGACCUGCUCCAGGAGGUGGCAACAAUCGUGGUCGACGAAUACAUAGAUUACCUCCAGGAAUAUUUAAUGGUAGAGGACCAGGAGGCGGAGGAGGUGAUGGGCAAGGAGGGGAUUCUGAUGGAAGUGGAGGUUCAGAUGGCGGAGCAGGAGAUGGUGCAGGUGAUAGUGGUGGCAGCGAUGCCGGUGAUGGUGAUGGAUCCAACAGUGAUGAUGGUGGUGAUGACGGCAGUGGUGGUGGAAAUGGCGGUUCUGGGGACGACAACGGUGGUGCAGGAGACAAGGGAGGCAAAAAAAAAGGAUGCAAAAAUAAAAAAAGUGGAAGCAGUUCUAAGACAGACACCACCCAAAGCUCUAAUGCCGACGACGCUCCAAGUCCUAAGAAACCCGACGCUCCAAAUCCUAAGAAACCCGACGCUCCAAGUCCUAAGAAACCCGACGCUCCAAAUCCUAAGAAAGCCGACACUCCAAGCUCGACGGCAGCUGACACUUCAAGUCCGAAGUCAGUCACUACCCCAAGUCCUAAGACAACACCAACGGACGAUGCCCUGAGUGAUAUGAAAGUGCUAUGGGACCUGAUGAACAAGGAUGGCGGUCCAACUACCCCAGCGCCAGCAGCGCCAACCACUGAUUCUGGUUCUAAUCGCCCUGAGAUCCCUGCAGGACCACUAAAAGGAGGUCCACCUAGAAAAUUGCAAAUUAAGCAUCACAGGUAAAAUGGACAGGACAUGAAAAAAGAGACUAUGGGUAGCAUUUUUACGAUCACUGCAUCAGUUCGAAUGUAUUUUAUACAAUAAAUUGUUUUUUCCAUGUUAUUACAAGUAAUAAAACAUACUAUGUAAGAUUCAA